GAAUUGGCUUCCUCAGUUCAUCGCCGCCCACUUUGGAAAAUUUUGAGCACCAGGGUAUCAGGAGUAUGAAUCCAAAUCAAGGUGCAAGCUCGUUAUCUUCACCAGAUCUCCCUAUGAAGCGGAAACGUGGACGUCCACGUAAGGAUGAGAAUUUAGUUCAUGGAGAGAGCAUGCCUGCAAUACCAGGACCUGAUAGUCUGAAGAAAAACAAGCAGAGUGCGGGUACUAACGAUGAUGCUGAAGGUGAAAUGGUGGGUCGGGUGGUUUCUGGUGUUAUUGAAGGUUCAUUUGAUGCCGGCUAUCUUCUUAAUGUUAAGGUAGAAGACACCGACACUCAGCUGAGGGGUGUUGUAUUUCUACCGGGAAAGUUCACUCCAGUUACUGCAGCAAAUGAUGUUGCUCCAAAUGUUAAGAUGUGCAGAAGAAAAGAAGUUCCAAUACCAGCUGUGACCAUGCAAUCUCAUCUUUAUGGUUCUGCCCAGCCAUCAGAGCAAAGUAACAAGCAACCUGUUGAGGUGAAAAAGCAAAUACCUGCAGUUCCAGACCAAAUUCCACCCUGUAUUCCUCAGUGUGGCAUCACGGAGUCUCUUAGAAGUCAAUCUUUCUCUGGCAUCCCGGAGACUCUUAGAAGCCAAUGCAUCCAGAAGUCUUUUAGAAGUCAAUCUUUCUCUGGCAUCCCAGAGUCAUCCUCUUUUGUGACUCCUCCGGUUGAUAAUUUGCCAAAGAAUGAUGCCCCUACCUUGGGAGGUAAAGCCAUACCACAGCAACCUUUGGCGUCUGUACUUGAUGACCAAUCCACCCAUGUAACGACAAAGUCCGAGAAUGAUGAAGUUGUUGAACAGGAAAAAGUGUUGGUGGAAUUUGAACCGGCCACAACAAUAACAGAGCCAACUGGUGUAGAGGACAAUAAAGAAUCAAAAACAGAAAAAUUAUUGGAGGAAUCAUCUGAACCAAUUGGUGUUGUACCAAGCAUAGAAACAGUAAGUAAGGAUCCUCCAAUUCAACCUCAGGUUGUGGGUUCUGAAACCAGUGCAUUGGUUCAGGAUGAUGUAAAGAGCCUGGAUUUUGAACUCAACCAUACUCCUUUAUUUGCUGAAGCUGCUCCUGCAAUGGCUACCGUACCAAGUGUUGAAACUGUAUGCAAGGCUCCUCAUAUUCAACCUCAGACUGUGGAUACUGAAAAGAGUCAAUUGGUUGACGAUGAGGUAAAGAGUGUGAACGUUGAAAUAAAUCAAACUCCUGUAUUUGCUGAAUCGGCACCAGGCUCUGUCAUACUGGGAGCUGAGACUGUAUGUAAGGAUCCUCAAAUUCAACCUGAGGAUGUGGGUUCUGAAAAGAGUACAUUGGUUCAGGAUGUGGUAAAGAGCCUAGAUCUUGAAAUCAACCAAACUCCCCUAGUUGCAGAACCUGCAAUUGCUGCCAGUAAACCAGUUGAGAAUCUGAUGGAAGAAGAGGCUACACCGAAGCCGAGUCAGGUGUUAGGGGGAGAGACUGUUGCAUCUGUAGGAUCCAUUCCUUCAGCCAUGGGUGAACCUCCUUCUGGUGCUAUUGACAGUAUGGAAUGUGACAUUGCAGAUGCCAUUCCACCUGCACAAUCUUAG